GCUUUGCGCUGCGGGCCCUGCGCGCUCUCCAUGGCGGGCCCCGCGCCGGGGUGGCCGCUGUGGCCGCUGGCUGCGCUGGGCCUGGUUGUGGCGCUGACAGCCGGGGCCGGGCCGGAGCCGCAUCCGGCCGAGCGGGGACCCCCGGUGCGGCUCUUCACCGAGGAGGAGCUGGCUCGCUACGGCGGGGAGGAGGAAGAUCAGCCCAUCUACUUGGCAGUAAAGGGAGUGGUGUUUGAUGUCACUUCUGGAAGAGAGUUUUAUGGACGAGGAGCCCCCUACAAUGCCUUGACUGGGAAGGACUCCACCAGAGGGGUGGCCAAAAUGUCUCUGGAUCCUUCAGACCUCACCCAUGAUACCACGGGGCUCUCGGCCAAGGAGCUGGAAUCCUUGGAUGACGUCUUUACCAAUGUAUACAAAGCCAAAUACCCCAUCGUCGGCUACACCGCCCGGAGGAUUCUCAAUGAGGAUGGCAGCCCCAACCUGGACUUCAAGCCUGAGGACCAGCCCCAUUUUGACAUAAAGGAUGAGUUCUGAUGGUCUGUCUGCAAUCAAUGGGAGACUCGUGAAAGGGCGAGACAGGGGCACAGACAAUAAAUCUCCUGCCAAAUAUGCUUUUAAAAGCCUCUCAGUCACCCAGAUGUGAAUAAAGCAGACAUUAAAGCUAGAA